GUAUGCUCAGUUCAGAGCCCGCCAUGGACUUCAACGUGAAAAAACUGGCUUCUGAUGCGGGUCUCUUCUUCACCCGGGCAGUGCAGUUCACUGAGGAGAAGCUGGGCCAGGCCGAGAAGACCGAGCUGGAUCCUCACUUAGAGAACCUGAUCACUCGGGCCGACUGCACCAAGAACUGGACUGAAAAGAUCUUAAGACAAACAGAGGUGCUGCUGCAGCCCAACCCAAGCGCUCGAAUAGAGGAGUUCAUCUAUGACAAGCUGGAGAAGAGGCUUCCAUCCAAGGCGACCAACGCAGAGCUGCUGGGCCAGUACAUGCUGGAAGCUGCCAAUGAAUUUGGUCCAGGGACACCAUACGGUAGUACCAUGAUCACAGUAGGAGAGUACCAAAAGAGACUGGGAGGAGCCGAACGUGAGUUCCUCCAAACUUCGGCUGCCACAUUCCUCACUCCUCUACGUAACUUCCUGGAGGGAGACUGGAGGACCAUAUCUAAAGAGAGGCGACUUCUAGAGAAUCGACGACUGGAUCUUGACAUCUGCAAAGCACGCCUGAAAAAAGCCAAGCAGGCAGAAGCCAAAGCAGCGGCUGCACCUGAUUUUCAGGAGACAAGGCCUCGAAAUUAUGUUCUUUCUGCCAGUGCAUCAGCGGCAGAGCAUGAGCUUCGUGUUGCUCAGACAGAGUUUGACAGACAAGCUGAAGUCACCAGACUGCUGUUAGAAGGCAUCAGCAGUACACAUCUGAACCACCUGCGCUGUUUGCAGGAUUUUGCUGAGGCUCAGGCCACAUACUAUGCCCAGUGUCAUCACUACAUGCAGGAUCUUCAGAGGGAGCUCAGCAGGUGUGCUAAUGCAGUUGGUGGCCCCAACCCACCUGCUGUCUGCCCUGAUCCUGUUUCCUCUAUGAUGUCGGGACCAUCAUCUCCUGGCACCACGGCCCCUUCCUCUUCUUCCAGUCAAAGGCCCAGCACUCUGGCCAUGGGACAGAUGCAGCUACCAGUCACAGGCACCAGAAAAGCAAAGGUCUUGUAUGACUAUGACGCCCAUGACGCUAGCGAGCUCUCCCUCUUGGCUGAUGAGCUCAUUAGUGUAUACACCGUACCAGGUAUGGACCCUGAUUGGCUGGUUGGAGAACGGGGGAAUGAAAAAGGCAAAGUCCCUGUCACCUACCUUGAACUGCUCAGCUAA